CCGCAGUCUAAACGAGGCUAAAAGUUGAAAGGAAGACGCAGGCGCGGCAAACGCACGCCAGCGUCUUGCAUGGCGGGUACACGAUAAAUUAAGCCGCGUGUUCGUUAGAGUCUCAGUCGCUGCGAUUCAAUGGUUUGCAAUUUCCACGUGAUGCAUUCGUUUGCACCCGAAGGUUGGUGAUGAGCAUUGACGCAUUGAGGUCAAUCUGUCGAAUGGUGAAUCGAGGAGAUUGCAGGAGGACCAAGGGCUUUCAAAGCGAGAAGGUCCCGACUGCUCAUCGGAGUGAUUGAAAAGAGUCAAGAUUGACUAAAAAGAAGCAGAAGGAGACCCGAACCGGAAUAGUGGUCCCAAAAUGCAGCGCAGGAAGUUUGCGAAGUAUGGCACCAAACCUCGAAAACUGAUUCCGGGACUUAAAGUUAUUGACGAGGAGGGAGGUAUACAAGAGUCCGGAACUCCAUACAAGACUUCCAGGUAUUCUGAGCUCGUCCAGUGUGGCAGUCUGGAAGAAUGUGGUCGGCAGAAUCUGAGGAAGGGCGUGGUCGCAUGGGUUGUGUUCGGAGUAUUUGCGGUACCCGCCUUGUUACUUCUGACCCCAUUCUUAGUACUACUGGGCCUUAUUUGGGGGGCUAUAGUUACAGUCCUUGUGGUUUGGGGAUCUUUCAUGUACAUAUUCUUCCGGCUGCUUCUGCAUCUAGUGAAAAAAUUCCCAGCCACUGAGAAGUGACAACCAUGAAACUUCUCAUCUGUGAAUUCUUGCUGCUGUAAAUUCUGGAGUUGAUGUACAAGAAGCUUGCCGUGCCAAGUUGAAUCAGAGCGAAUUGAGUACGAAAAUGUUUCUGCCAAGUUCAUGCAUCCAUUGGCCUGUCUUCUUGACUUUUAUCCCCACUUCAUGCAGCUGAUUAGAUUUACAUGAGAGUCGACAAGAAAACACGAUGAAAUCUGUAUAAGAGACGCAUGAUUUGAAGUACAAUAUAUCAUUACGAGCUUUGCAACUUCCAA